UAGUAAACAAUAUGGCUGAAGAAGUAUUGUUGCUUGGGGCGUGGGCAAGCCCUUUUACUAGCAGAGUAGAGUUAGCUCUGAAACUGAAAGGUGUCCAAUACAAAUACUCCGACGAAGAUCUUAACAACAAGAGCCCUUCGCUUCUGCAAUACAAUCCCAUUUACAAGAAGGUUCCUGUGCUUGUACACAAUGGAAAGCCUAUUGUGGAGUCUCAAGUUAUUCUUGAGUACAUCGAUGAGACCUGGCAAGGCUAUCCCCUUUUGCCCAAAGAUCUUUAUGAGAGAGCCAUUGCACGUUUCUGGGUCAAGUUCAUUGACGACAAGUGCUGGCCGGCUUUACAGAAAGUUUUCAUUGGCGAAGAGAAGGGACGUGAGAAGGCCGUGGAAGAAGCAUAUGAGGUUCUUAAGUUUCUAGAGAAAGAACUCAAGGAAAAGAGGUUCUUUGGAGGAGAGAGUAUUGGAAUGGUAGACAUUGCUGCUAACAUCAUAGGCUAUUGGCUUGGAGCUUGUGAAGAAGCUACGGGGGUAGAGUUGUUGACAAGAGAGAAAUUUCCCAAGCUUAGCAACUGGAUCGACGAGUUUGUGAGCAACAGUGUUAUCAAGGAAAAUCUGCCUCCCAGAGACAAACUUGUUCCCUUUUUGCGACAUCGCUUUGGCCUUUAAUUUGAGAGCGUCAAUGCUUCAAAAUAGAUGAGUUUACAGCGCUGGUGCCACUCACAGUUGGUGAAAAUCUAGUGCAUAAUAAUCCACCACUGUAAUAAAUUGGGCAUCUCGAUCAUAUGUGUGUUUGCAAUUUCAUUUUGAUUUGUGUGUCAUGAUAUCUUUCAACAUGUACUCUUGUUUGUGAGCUGCUUAAUUGGCCAGCUUGGGCAAUUUGGAAAUGUGAUAAAAUUCAUGAAAGUAACUCUAGUUUUAGCC